CGUAGCAUGAAUAUGAUCGAUAGUGCUAGAAAAUUAAAAAAAGCGCUACUGGUAAAACAAUCGACAGUGAGUGUAUAUUUGUAAUCAACAUAGCAAAGCUGGUAGCGAUUCAUAUCAAAUACGAGAACGCGUCCAGUGAUCGCAAUCAAUUUCUCUUUGCCGCUUCUUUAGAUCAACUCAAGCAUCAUUAAUCUCCUCAACGUGUACGAGUACUGUGAAAAGAAUAAUGAUCAAACAACUACAACCGGCUUCUCUGCAAUUUUACAAAAAUGUACUCAGAGCGAAUAGUCAACCACAUACUCAUUAUUUGGGGCGUUGCUUAUCCACACCACCCGCAGUGUUUAUAAAAUCGCACAACUUUCAUCCCGCGCAUCUGCACCACAUCGGCAAGGCCCCACUGAUCUAUCGGAAUGUUGGUCAGGAGCUGGAACGCGCCGCAGCUGAAUAUGGCAGCACGGAAUCUAUUGUUUCAUUUCACGAACAGAAGCGUUACACAUUUCAAGGACUCAUCGAAGAGGCCGAUCGUGUUGCUGCCGGCUUGCUGAAGCUUGGCUUAAAACAAGGCGAUCAUGUGGGUAUUUGGGCGCCCAACAAUAUGCACUGGUAUCUGACACUGAUGGGCGCAGCACGCGCCGGUUUGGUGUCGGUUGGCAUAAAUCCAGCAUUUCAAGGACCCGAAGUGGAGUAUUGCUUGAAGAAGGUUAAAGUGAAAGCACUGAUAAUGCCUGAAACAUUUAAAAAACAAAAUUUCUAUGAGAUUAUAAAAAGUAUUUGUCCAGAGUUGCCCGACCGCGUUGAUGGAAGCAUCAACAGCACCAGCUUGCCUCACCUGAAACAUGUCAUCAUCGACACAGACAACAAAUUGAAAGGCGCGCUGAGUUUUGACCAAUUACUCGGCCUGAGCAACCCGGUCGAGCGUGAGGCUAUCUCAAAGCUACAGCACCGCAUAGUACCAGAUAGCGGCUGUAAUGUGCAAUUUACUUCUGGCACCACCGGUCGACCGAAAGCAGCUGUGCUGUCACACUAUAAUUUUGUAAAUAAUGGUACGCAUAUCGGUAAUCGUAAUUUGUUGGACAGCAAUUCACGUAUCUGCGUACAAGUGCCUCUCUUUCACGUAUAUGGCGUUGUUGUCACUGUUAUGGCUGCAAUGACACAUGGCAGCACAUUGGUUCUGCCAGCAGCCGGUUUCAGUCCCGCCGACACGUUACGCGCCAUUGUUGACGAAAAAUGCACUGUCGUCCAUGGCACACCCACAAUGUAUGUGGAUCUCAUCAAGAAGCAGAGAGAGUUGAAGUUACCAUUGAAGACCGCAAAGAUGGCUGUUACCGGCGGAGCGCCAUGUUCGCCACAACUCUUUCUGGACAUUAAGAAUAUUCUUGGUUUGGAGCGUAUCCACACCGUUUAUGGUUUAACAGAAACAACAGCAGUCGUCUUUCAGACGAGACCAGGUGAUAGUAUGGAACGAAUCUUGAAUACUGUUGGUCAUUUACAAGAUCAUGUGGAAGUGAAAGUAGUUGAUGGCGAGGGGCAUACGGUACAGUUCGGUGAACCAGGUGAGCUGUAUGUGCGUGGCUAUGCUACUAUGUUGGAAUACUAUGACGAUGAAGUGAAGACAAAGGAAACUAUCGGCAAUGACAAAUGGCUGAAAACAGGCGAUCAAUUCAUCUUGGAAUCCGAUGGUUAUGGGCGCAUUUUGGGACGUCUGAAGGAGAUGAUCAUACGUGGGGGAGAGAAUAUUUUCCCCAAAGAAAUUGAAGAUUUUCUCAACUCUCAUCCAAAAAUCAUUGAAACGCACGUGAUUGGUGUGCCUGAUGAACGUUUGGGCGAGGAGUGUUGUGCCUUUGUGCGUUUACAAGAUGGCGUGAAGAGCAUUGCGCGUGAAGAAGUGAAGGAAUUUGCACAAGGAAAGUUGGCGCAUUUUAAAAUACCGCGGUAUGUGAUACCAAUAAAUGCAUUUCCUAGAACUACUUCGGGGAAAAUACAAAAGUUCAAGCUGGCCGAGGAAUAUAACAAAAUGCAAAGACAAUAGCUGGUAGAAUUAUAGCUGGAGAUGAUAAAGUUAGUUGGUAUUUGUUGUGCAUCAUUUUAUGUACUCCUACAUAAUAAAUCAAAAAUAAAGUAUUUUAAUGAAAUUCGUGAAUCGCUUCAAGCUUUCCUCAUUUUGCUGCUGGGUUGAUGCGCCACUUUUACUCUAACUAUUUGUAAUCAGCACAUUUAUAAGUCGGCUCACUGAUAUGCAAUCAGCUGCCUGAUACGAGUAGAUGACUGGCUAGAACAAAGAUAAAACAACUCAGUGAGUACAGCCUACAUACACUAAAAUAUGAGAUCGUAAAUAUCAACAACGUCGGCGGCUCUUAUUAAUAAGAAACGCAGCUUGAGUGAACGCUAAUUUCUUGUACACUAAUACAAAAAUAAAUCUCAUGUGCCAGGCUUUAGGCUACUGUAUGUGGGCACGGCUUAAUCAGUUGUUCUCGAGGCGUCUUUUAGUACAAUCGCUUUCAGCGCAAAAUAACAUUCGAACCGGUAAUUUAAAGCGCAAAUGAAAGUAAGGGUGUAUUCCAAAACGUCAAAAUACAAAGCAUAGUAGAUUGUAAUGUCAAAUCUGCGCAACCGCGGUAAGAUGCUACUUUUGCGCAAGUUUGACGUUCUCUUCUAGUGUGGUUUAGAAAUAAGAGAGACUGAUGCUUUGUAUUUUGACGUUUUGGAAUGCACCCUAACUUUGUCGCCUAGCGUGGGGUGCGAAGUGGAACGCGUGGCAAAUGGCAAUGAAUUAAGGCUUAUCAUUGUUAUCGAAUUAAACUAAUCUUGUGUAUGCAAUUUUUAAAGAGAUUAACUACGUAAACGUGGCAUAACUGUUUGGUGCAUUAUUAUAGCUUUGCGUUUUAUUUAAUUCAUUCGCGUUUUUACCUGCAUAAAGUGGUCUGUAGGCGACAUGCUUAAGAGGCAAUUGCAAAGUAUUUAUCGAAAUCUCAACAAACGAGUUCUUGCACCCAAUGGGCAUCAUUCAGUAUUUCUAUUACGUUG